AUGGCGCCGUUUCCUGGGUCUGAUGCCGACUAUUCCAAGGACAAGGCCCGCAGAGACCUGCUGAAUCUGCUCGAAGGCGUCCGUGGGAAGAAGAACUUGGUGAUUAGCCAGGGUCUUGCUGGGCCUGUUGGGCUCUUUGUCAAGUUUUCGCAGCUUCAGGAGUACGGCGUAGAUCGUGUAUUUCUGCUCGAGAACGGAAACAUUGACUCUACUCAGCGCAAUGUGGUGUUCCUGGCCUACGCCGAGAAGAUCCGCCAGGUGCGGGCAGUGGCAGAGCAGAUCCAAAGACUGCAACGCAAUAGCAGUAUAGACCAUGAAUUCUCAAUCUUCUGGGUCCCAAGGCGGACUCUUGUAAGCAAUAACAUCCUCGAAAGCACGGGAAUCAUUGGGGAUGUGAAUAUUGCGGAACUGCCUCUCUACUUUUUCCCCCUUGAGCAGGAUGUUCUGUCUCUGGAGUUGGACGACUCUUUCUCCGACUUAUACCUGCACAAAGAUCCUGGGUGCGUCUUCCAUUCUGCGAAAGCGCUCAUGGACAUACAACAGAGACAUGGCUAUUUCCCUCGGAUAGUAGGCAAAGGGGAUCAUGCUCGACGACUCGCUGAUCUUCUGCUGCGGAUGAGGAAGGAGCUUGAUGCGGAGGAAAGCUCAGGGCUGACAGGACUGUCUUCCCGGGGGCUUCUGCCCAGCGCGAGUACCGAGAGCCUUAUAAUUAUUGACAGAGAGGUAGACUUCGGCACCCCUCUGCUUACCCAGCUCACAUAUGAGGGCCUCAUCGAUGAGCUCGUGGGGAUCAAACACAACCAAGCGGACAUAGAUACGUCAAUCGCAGGGGCUAGUUCAACUCCUCAAGCCCAGGAAUCUUCCAAAGCAUCGCAGCAGGCCAAACAAGGCCAGAAGCGGAAGAUUCAGCUGGAUGCGUCUGAUCAGUUGUUCAACCAAUUACGCGACGCAAACUUCGCCAUCGUCGGCGAUAUUCUGAAUAAGGUCGCGCGUCGCUUAGAGACAGAUUAUGAAAGUCGUCAUACAGCAAAAACCACGACGGAACUUCGUGAAUUCGUGACCAAAUUACCAUCAUAUCAACUCGAGCAUCAAAGCUUGAGGGUCCACACGAAUCUCGCCGAGGAGAUCAUGAGGAAUACCCGCUCAGAUACUUUCCGCAAGAUCCUGGAAGUGCAGCAAAAUGACGCUGCAGGCGCGGACCCAACCUACCAACAUCCUCUCAUCGAAGAGCUUAUUGCCCGCGAUAUCCCACUCAAGACAGUCCUCCGCCUACUUUGUCUCGAAUCCUGCAUGUCGGGUGGACUGCGACCCAAGGACCUGGAGAACUUUAAGCGCCAGGUUGUUCAAGCAUACGGACACCAACAUCUGCUGACAUUCAGCGCCUUGGAGAAAAUGGAGCUCCUCCAGCCCCGUUCAUCCGCCACCACAAUGCUGAUCCCAGGUACGGGCACGCAAACAGGAUCCAAAACCAACUACACCUAUCUCCGGAAGAAUUUGCGCCUGGUCGUCGAAGAAGUCAGCGAAAAGGAACCUGAGGAUAUCGCCUACGUCUACAGCGGGUUUGCCCCGCUCAGCGUUCGCCUCGUCCAGUGCGUCUUGCAGAAAUCAUAUGUCAUGUCUCUCAUGAAAGGUGGCCCCGCUGCGCACGCGAAUACUGCAUCUCCGGGCUGGCUUGGGUUCGAGGACGUGGUUAAGAGUGCGCGCGGUUCGACCUUCAGCAUCGUUCAGAAAGGUGAUGAUAAGGCUGUUCGUGCGCGGCAGACAUUGAGCGGUAAUAAUGCUACAAAGACCGUUUAUGUGUUCUUCCUCGGUGGCAUUACAUUCACGGAAAUUGCGGCCUUACGGUUCAUUGCGGCGCAGGAGGCGCCCAGGCGGAAUAUUGUUAUAUGUACAACGGGCGUUAUCAAUGGGGAUCGGAUGAUGGAGGCUGCGAUCGAGAAGGGGAGCUUCGCGUUGGCUGAGGCUUAA